GUGUCCCUCCUGAAAGACCAUCAAAAGAAAAAAAACAUGCACCCCACGUCCAUUUUCAUCCACAUUCAGACAACCAAUUCAGUUCUCUAAUCCACAACUCUCUGCAAGAGAUCAGCAAAAACAAGACCACAUCUCCAUACUUGUUCCUCCUUUCCACCUCCUGUGUUUCCCCUCCAUUCUCUCCACUUUCUAUCAUCCCCCAUCUCUUUUGGAUUCUGCGGGUCCUUUCAAUUCUUUCCUUAGAUCGAGUCAUCAAUGGUUCGGGCCCUCGAACACGAGCGUAGCAUGCAGAAGUCAAAGUCCUUCCAUUUCAAGCGCAUAUUCGACCGACACAACCAAGGCAAUGCGGUUCUCGACAGCGGAGUAGCGGACGGGCUUCAAUUCAGAAGCCAAGGCUCGAGAGUCGCGGAACUGAUGGAGAACCAAGACAUUGGUUGGGUUUUCGAUCGGAGUAACGAUCCUGUUUCGGGCCUUGAAGGAGAUGAGGCAAGAACAGCUAGCUCACCCUCCAAGGCAUCACCAUCAGACAUGGAGCUGAUGAAGGAAAGAUUCGCCAAGCUGCUCCUGGGUGAGGACAUGUCUGGUGGUGGAAAGGGUGUUUCUUCGGCUUUGGCUCUGUCAAAUGCAAUCACGAAUCUUGCUGCUUCCAUUUUCGGAGAGCAACGUCGGUUAGAGCCGAUGUCUCCAGAGAGGAAGGCUAGAUGGAGAAAAGAAAUCGACUGGCUUUUGUCCGUGACCGAUCACAUUGUCGAAUUUGUUCCCUCCACGCAAAAGUCCCAAGAUGGAACCAACAUGGAGGUAAUGAUAACGCGACAAAGAAACGAUCUGCACAUGAACAUCCCAGCGCUGCGCAAGCUCGAUGCCAUGCUACUAGGCUAUCUGGACAAUUUUGGAGGUCAGAAUGAGUUCUCGUAUGUCUCUAGAAAUGCCAAUGAAUCUGAGAAAGGGAAAGCACAGAGGGAAGACGAAAAAUGGUGGCUACCGACUGUCGAAGUUCCUCCAAAUGGCUUAUCUGAUGGCUCGCGGAAAUGGCUGCUGUUCCAGAAGGAAUCAGUGAACCAAGUUCUAAAAGCAGCAAUGGCCAUCAAUGCUCAAGUAUUAUCAGAAAUGUCAAUUCCCGAGGACUACAUCGAAUCCCUUCCUAAGAAUGGGAGAGCAAGCCUUGGUGAUUCAAUCUACAAGUGCAUCACAGUGGAGUACUUUGAUCCUGAUCAAUUCUUGUCCACCAUGGACUUAUCAACAGAACACAAAGUCCUGGACCUCAAGGACAAGAUCGAGGCCUCCAUUGUGAUCUGGAUGCGGAAGAUGCACCAGAAGGAUGGGAAGUCAACAUGGGGAUCAGCUAUAAGCUUGGAGAAGAGGGAACUCUUUGAAGAGCGAGCUGAGACCAUCCUCCUCCUCCUCAAACAGCGGUUCCCUGGGAUACCUCAGUCGUCUCUCGACACCUCAAAAAUCCAAUUUAACAAGGAUGUGGGACAGUCAAUCCUAGAGAGUUACUCAAGAGUCAUAGAGAGCUUGGCAUUCACAGUAAUUUCGAGAAUAGAGGAUGUCCUUUACGCAGACUCUGUGGCUCAAAAUCCAUCACUAGCAGAACCUGACCAGUCACCCUUAAAUGACGAGGAAGAGGUAGAGGCCUUGCAAACUGCAGAAACACCGAAUUCGAAGACACUGUCUGACUUCAUGGGCUGGAAAUUCGGGAAGGAAGGGAGCAUAAUGAAGAGGGAAAACUCAAUAAGCAAUUUAGAAAGUUUUGUUGUAGAUGGUGAGGGACAUAUUGUGAGUAGAUCACCACAUGGUCCUAAUGUAAAGAAGGUUUCCUAUUUAGAGAAGCUUGAGAACUUGAGUGGCCUAAGAAGCCCGACAGAUCGGCACUGAUGAGAACAAGGAGAGAUGAAAAAGAGGAAAAGGCAACCGAGAGCGAUUCAGAUUUUGAAUGUGUAGAAUACAGCGACAGCAUAUCAAAUGUAAAUAUGCAGAUUGUGUAGAAUUUUUAGGGACUGGUACAUCCCCCAAGGGAAGUCUUGAUGUCCAAUUCAUUCUUUAUAGUGUCUGUACUUCUGUUCUCCCUCUUCUCGGUCUCCUUAUUGGACUGAAAGCUAUCGAUGUAACUGAUUAGCUGGAGAACUUUAUUAGUGAUUGGCUAAUGAG